CUGAUUUUUAUUACGUUCAGAACUUGACUACGAACAACACACGUUUAUUUCUAACCAAGUUAACCUCAAAUAUUCAAAUCCAAAUUUACUGUUUGUAAAUACAAAAUAUCUGGACCAAAAAUUUAAAAAUUUCAAAUAAUCAAACUAGCGUAAAUAAUUUAAAAAAAUGCUCGCGUUGCAAGGAUACAAGAGUAGCGACGAAGAAGAAGAUUCAUCAGCUGAUAUUCCUAAAGUUGAGGUUAACCAUGACAAUAAAUUAAUAAAUAACGAGCACAGUAUCGCGAUGUCUAUGAAAAUUUGCGCGGCCCCAGACGUGGUUCCGACUGGCACUGAACUCUGCCUCCGUCAUAUUGACUCAACGAUGACGGAACUUCCGUACAAUCCUACCUACGAUGAAUUGUUCGCACCGGAGGUUGGGCCUGAAAACCCUUUCAAAACACAGCAGCAGCGCGCUGCGAAAAAUAUAUUAUCCGGUUACGUUGAAAAAGCUCAUAUAUCGGAAUUCCAAUUUGAAAACCAGCGCAGGACUUUUACCAGCUAUGGUUACGCGCUGGAUCCAACGAUAGACGGCAGUGCAGAGGAAGGAAGAGCGAUGGUAGGAUCAACAGAUGUCGCAGAAGAAAAAGGAGCAAAGACAGUUUUCGAGCGGACACAGUUGCGACCAGCGGACAAGAGGAAACGCCACCGGAAUGACGACCCACAGGACAUUGAAGGUUUCCUGGGACCCUGGGGUGCAUUCGUUGAUGAAAAGAAGGUCAUUAAACCUACGGAAGAGGAAGCGGCAGAGCUGGAAGAGAUUCUGGCCAAAAAGAGCAAGAGAGGCAAGCAGGUGGAAGAGAAACCACUGGAAGAAAAAACUGUUUUGCACAUCAAAGACCCGGUGGAUUAUCAAGGCCGCUCGUUCCUUCAUGCUCCUCAAGAUGUUGGUGUUAAUCUACGGUCAGAUUCGCCACCGGACAAAUGCUUCCUCCCUAAAUCUCAAGUCCACACCUGGGAAGGUCACACGAAGGGAAUUUCCCAGAUUAAAUGGUUUCCCAAGACCGCUCAUCUUAUGCUGUCCUGCAGCAUGGACUGUCGGGUUAAACUCUGGGAGGUUUACAAAGACCGCAGAUGCGUACGUACUUAUUAUGGACACAGGCAAGCAGUUCGUGACAUAAGUUUUGACAAUGACGGAAAGAGAUUUUUGUCUGCUGGAUACGACCGUUAUGUCAAACUCUGGGACACCGAAACUGGCGCGUGCAUCAGUCGAUUUACCAGCAGGAAAAUUCCUUACUGCGUUAAAUUUAAUCCAGAGCACGACAAGCAGCAUCUGUUUGUUGCUGGAACUAGUGACAAGAAAAUCAUCUGCUGGGACACGAGAUCCGGGGAAAUAACUCAGGAGUACGAUCGUCAUUUGGGUGCAGUGAACACCAUAACGUUCGUAGAUGAGAACCGUCGAUUCGUCACCACGUCCGACGACAAAAGUCUUAGAGUGUGGGAGUGGGAUAUUCCCGUGGACAUGAAGUACAUCGCGGAUCCUACGAUGCAUUCAAUGCCCGCAGUCGCUUUGUCUCCCAACCAGAAAUGGUUGGCCUGUCAGUCAAUGGACAAUAAAAUAGUAAUUUUUUCGGCGUUAAAUCGAUUCAAGAUGAACCGCAAAAAAACAUUCACAGGCCAUAUGGUAGCCGGUUACGCGUGUGGUUUGGAUUUCUCGCCUGAUAUGAGUUACCUAGUAUCAGGAGACGCUGAUGGGAAGUGCUACAUAUGGGAUUGGAAGACCACCAAACUUUAUAAAAAAUGGAAGGCACAUGACGGAGUUUGUAUUUCCACACUGUGGCAUCCUCAUGAGCCUUCUCGGGUGGCCACUGCCGGUUGGGACGGCAAGAUAAAAUAUUGGGAUUAGUUUUUUACGCUUGUACUGUACAAAAAAUUAUUAUUUUUAUUAUCAUCAUCAUCCUCAUCAUCGUAAUUUAUAAUGAUACUACUAGUGCUCUACUUGUUAAUAAAUUUAUAAUUAAGAAUAU